AUGAUCUUGUCUCUCGGCCUGGAUCCUAUACGGAUCAUGGAGUACGUGUGGCCCGAGAUGUUGCUGAGCAUAGCCAGCUCCGCGCUCUGCCUGUGCCUGUAUUCGUCGUGGGGCGCGUCGUGGGCGUGGGUGGAUCUCCCCGCGGCCCCGCUGUCGGUGUUCAGCUUCGCGAUCGCGUUCUUCGUCGGCCUGCGGUCGAACGCAUCGUACCAGCGGUGGUUGGCGGCCUCCACGGCGUGGGUGGGCGUGACCGCGGCGUGCAGGAACUUCGCGCGCCUCGUGCUGUCCUUCACCGACGCCCGGAAGGGCACCGACUGGCUCAAGUGCACAGAGGAGGUGGCUGACAAGACGAAGCGCGAGCUCAUCAAUCGGCAGAUGGCGAUUGCCCACGCGUUAAGGCUGAGCAAUCGCCGGCAGAAGGACGUCGAGGAGUGGCACGGCACGCUCUCGCAGUUCCUCAGCAAGGACGACAUGAAGGAGCUCCCCGCGAUCGGCAACACCACGGUGUCCUGGUUGAUGAUGAAACAGGGCAUGGCGGUGCACAGGGCGAUCGCGCAGAGCAGGCUGCAGCCGUUCGACCAGAUUGCGCUCGAGACGACGAUGGGCACGCUGCAGCAGGCCAUCGCGGCGGCGACGGUGAUCGCUUUGAUUCCGCAGCCAGCGCAGUACACGCAGUUCACGCGUUUCGGGAUCUGGGUGUUCAUCCUCGCGACGCCGUGGUGCCUGAUCGGCAGCUUCAACGAGGUGUCGCACGAGGCGCUCGUGGUGCCCGUGUCGAUGCUGCUGGCGUUCAUUCUGGCCUUCAUCGACGCCGUCGGGCGCAUCGUGGAGCAGCCGAUGAUGAACCGGCCGCAGGACGUGCCGCUGUCGCUCUUCUGCUGGGUGAUCGAGAGGGACCUCAGGAUGGCGUUGGGGGACAGGUCGUUCGGUGGCGACCCACCGCCACCGUUAACUUACCGUUGGGUCAAGUAUAUGAUGUAA